AUGGGUCGCUUUACUUUGUUUACAGCGUUCUUGCUGUCUACCAACGCGCACGCUGCGAGAUGGAUCGGCGAGACCAGAGUAGAAGACGGUAUUAACUACCAGUGCAAUUGCUACUCCGACAACGCAUGCUGGCCGACAAAUAGAGAGUGGGACUCCUUCAACAAGACGCUGAACGGAGCUUUGCAGCUUGCGAUUCCAGCAGCAGCGUCGUGCCACUACAAGUUCGAGAACUACACCUUCAACACCUACGAUGCAGCGAAGUGUGCUGAUGUCACCGAGAAGAGUGGCAAUGGAAUCGAAGGCGGCGAUGAGCAAUGGCCGACCGAUCACCCAAUUGCACAACUCUGGCCUUUCAUGAGCAACAACACUUGUCCGCCUACGGAAGAUCCAUCUACACCGUGUACUCGUGGUUUCAUGGGUCACUACGUAGUGCUUGCAAGGAAGAAGGAGCACGUCAAAGCUGGUGUUGAUUUCGCGAGAGAACACAAUUUGCGUCUCAUCAUUCGCAACACUGGACAUGACUUCAUCUUCAAGGAUGUCAAGUUCAUCAAGGAGUACACCGGUCCAGGGAAUUGGAGAGGUACUGCCGUUACCGUCGGUGCUGGUAUUCAGGGUCGCGAACUCUAUCGCCACGCCUUCGCGCAGUCACCCAAACAGGUCGUCGUGGGUGGAGAGUGUCCGACUGUUGGCUGGGCUGGUGGUUAUCUCCAGGGUGGAGGCCAUGGUCCACUGAGCGGCAUCUAUGGCAUGGGCUCGGACAACGUUCUCUCUUUCGACGCCAUCACUGCUAAGGGCAAGUAUGUGACUGCCAGUUCCAAAGAGAAUCCCGAUCUCUUCUGGGCACUCAAGGGCGGUGGACCCAGCUCCUUCGCGGUCGUCACCUCAGUCACUGCAAAGACAUUCCCCGAGGUCCCAACAGCGGGUGUCACAAUCAACAUCAACUCCACACACACCAACGACACCGCCCUCUUCAACAAAGGCCUUCACAUCUUCCACAACCAAGCCAACCACCUCAGUAACCUCGGCAUGUUCGUCUACUUCGAGCAAGGCCCCGGCCCCGGCCGUCUGAAGAUCGCGCCCAUCGCCACCGUGGAACCUCUCUUCACGCAACUCAACAACACCAAAGUCCCCUACGACACACAUUUCCGCGCCUCCCCCACAUUCUUCGAGUUCUACAUCGACAUGUUCGAAGACGAGUCACCGUCGCCAAACUCCAUCAUCGGCGGGCGUCUCUUCACGCAGCGCGACAUGGCCGAGACCAGCCAGGCCAUUUCCGACGCCCUCAUAUUCGCCGCCACGACCGGGAUAAAUGUCGGCCACAUUGUGAAUCCCGGUCACGGCGCGCCGACGGUGGACAACGCAAUCCACCCCUCCUGGCGCAACGCGAGCAGCUUCGUAAUCACAAACGUGCUGAUGAGCGGCACGGAGCCGUGGAGCACCAAAAAAGAGAAAGAGCUCUUCAAUACAAACGUCAUCGGUAGAGCGAUGCGAGACGCCGCGCCCCAUGGCGCGAGUUAUGUCAAUGAGGGGGAUCUGUAUGAGCCGCACUGGCAGGACGCUUAUUGGGGUGCUAAUUACCCCCGGCUCUGCGAUGUUCGCCGCAAGUGGGAUCCUGAGGGUGUCUUCUAUGCGCAGACCACGCCGGGUACGGAGAAGUGGAGCGUGAUUGAUUAUGGGAGGAAGCUGUGCAGGAAGAUCUAG